AUGGAUCCAUCUCCCACUAACGGUACUAAGACCUCCUCGCGAGGGGGCUCACUCGAACCCCUGACCUUCCAGGAGUAUCUCGAACUGAGCAACUUGGCUUUCAAUUGGGGAGAUAGCUAUGAUGCAAAGGAUUGGGCUCGAUUGAAAAGCAUCAUCGCACCCACUCUUUUCGUUGACUACACGCAAAUCGGAAAGGGGAAAUGGGAAGCCAUGCCAGCGGAGGACUUCAUGGCGAUGGCGUCUCAUGAUGACUUCCUUGGCGAUCCUUGCGUCAAAACCCAACACCUGUUUGGCGCAACCCGAUGGGAGCGGCUAUCGGAGUCUAAAUUCGUUGGACAUCAUCAGCUCCGGGUUGCGCAUCAGGUAUACACGGCGCCGGACUUCAAGACGGUCAAGGUACGGGGCCACGGCCAUGCUACGAAUGAACAUUACUAUACCAAGAUUGACGGGGUGUGGAAAUUUUCAGGCAUCAAGUCUUGCGUUAGAUGGUUCGAGCAUGACUUUGAGAAGGUCUUCAAGGGCUCCUACAAGGACGGGCAAAGUUGA